UUCUGCAGCCUCUCUCACUUUUUACAGAGAGUGGCUUUCUCAAUCUCAUUUCGUUAAUCGCAUUAUAACCCAAAAACUCAUGGCGAUGUGGGUUUUUGGCUACGGUUCUUUAAUUUGGAAAACUGGCUUCCACUAUGAUGAUCGCCUUGUGGGCUUCAUCAAAGGCUAUCGUCGGGUCUUCUACCAAGGGAGUACUGAUCACAGGGGCACUCCAGACUUCCCAGGUAGAACUGUCACAUUGGAGCCUGCUGAAGGGGAGGUUUGUUGGGGUGUUGCAUACAAGAUAAUCCGGAAGGAAGAUCAAGAAGAAGCACUGACGUAUCUUGAAGUGAGGGAAAAGCAAUAUGACCAAAAAGCGCAUGUUGAUAUAUUUUCUGAUUGGGCUGCCACUGUCCCAGCAGUGUCUGGUGUAUUGAUAUAUAUUGCAUCAGCUGACCAGAAGCUCAACAGGAAUUACCUUGGGCCUGCAUCCCUUCAGGAAAUUGCAAAUCAAAUUGUUCGUGCUGAAGGCCCCUCUGGACCUAACAGAGACUACCUUUUCCAGCUUGAAAAGGCACUUACUCUUUUAGGAUGUGAAGAUAGACAUGUCAUUGAUCUCGCAAAUGAAGUGAGAAGCAUUCUUUCAGGGCGGAAUUGACCUCUUCAUGAUACUGUGGCCACCAAAGAUGAAUAACUUGGCUUUGAACUACAAAUGAUUUACAAUAAAAAGUGUUUGGAACUAUUCUUUAAUGGCAACGGUUAAGCUUUUUGCAACUUAACCAUGAACAUGUCGAAUUAUACUGUGUAUUCAAACAGAGAGUUCGUUGUCAUCUUCAAUACAUUAUUCUGAACGUAAUCCCUCUGAGCAAAAAUCCAUCUAUCACAAUCGACAAUGAGCUGAUGGUUAAGUGUACUUAAAAGUUCUUAGGGAAUUUGCUCAACUUUGCCUUUGAUAGAGCUUAGCAGAUAUGAGUUGUAUAUGGAAGCUAUAAUUAUCGAAUGCAAAAAUCUCAAACUUAGGAGUAGCUUUGCAGAACUUC